GCUCAUCUGCAACGCCGCCUGCUUUACUUCUUUAAAAGGACGUUCUAAUUGAUUUCUGCAAUGUGUUGCCUCCGGGACAAAAUUGUUCUGGAGAAGGAUGCAAAGGCAACUGAGGAAUUGUGUUCUUAGACCCCCCACAAAAUUAUUACCCUGUCUUCAUUUCAAUAGGUUGCUGGGAUUCCUUGUUUCUUGCAAGUCUUCUGCCCUAAGUUCAUUUUUUCAUACACAAAAGAAUCCGCAUUUACUUCAAUUUCCCUACGUUCACGAUUCUCGCGAGGGCCUUCGAACCCUCAAGCAAGUUCAUGCAUCUUUAAUCGUUUCGUAUGGCCAUAGACUCAGUGCUGGUGCUGUUUCAUUGCUGGCGCCUUUGUACGCAAAGUUUUAUGAAAUUCACCAUGCUGUUUUGCUUCUCAGUUCUUUACAAGAACCUUGUACACAUCACUGGAACAGGGUGUUGAAGUCCUGUGUUGAUCUGGGUCUUGUUGAAUCCGCAUUUUGUGUUUAUAAGCGAAUGAGAGAAGAUGGAAUCUCGCACGAUAAUUACACUCUUCCAAUAGUGAACAGGGCUGUGGCAUUGAGUUAUGGUAGUAAUUGGUACGGGAAAUCAAUUCAUGGUUUGUCUUUUAAAAUCAGCUUUGAUUUGGAUGUGUAUUUCUGCAACACGUUGAUUGAGAGUUAUACAAAGAGCGGGGGUCUUGUUGACGCUUUUAAGGUGUUUGAAGGGAUGCCUCAAAGAGAUAUGGUUUCUUGGACUUCAAUAAUUUCUGGGUUGGUGUCUCAAGGUGCUGGUUUUGAAGCAUUUAGAUUGUUCAGGGAGAUGAAAAAAGAGAUCCCUCCUAAUUCAGUGACAAUAAUAGUGGUCUUGAAAGCAUGUUCAAGAUUGCUUGAAUGUACGCAAAUCCAUUGUUACGUGAUAAAAAAUGGGCUCUUGAUUGACAUGUCAAUUAAGAAUUCCAUUAUGAAGUGUUAUUCUAACGUUUUUAGUGUGAAUGAAGCAGAGGCUCUUUUUACUGAACUUGAGAAUGCAGAUGUUGUUUCUUGGAACAUUAUAAUUUCCUUGUAUUCUUUGACAGGCGAGGUUGAAAAAAUGAUAUAUUGUUUUGGUAAAAUGCUGGCUGAGGUAGAACCCAGUGUUGAGACCUUAACCACAUUGGUUUCCGGGCUUUCAAGUGGUGGGCAUCUUGCCCAAGGAAGCCAAAUACAUUGCCUUUCUCUAAAAACUGGACUGUUGGAUGAUAUCUUGAAGAGUUCAUUAUUGAACUUUUAUGCAAAGUGUAAUGACGUGGAGAGAUCAACCAGGUUGUUUGGUGAAAUAGUUUGGAAAAACAGUGUGGUUUGGGGUGCUAUGAUGAAUGGAUUAAUCGAAAACGGGCAUUUUAAAGAGGCUGUGGAAGUAUUCCUCAAAAUGUUAGCUUCUGGCCACAAACCAGUUUUCGAGAACCUCAAGAACCUUGUCAUUGCCUAUACAAACAUGGGCGCUCUGCAGCUUGGAAAAGGGGUUCACGGAUACCUUAUAAGGAACAUGUUUUUCUAUACGUCUGAUGCAGCAGACAAUUCUCUAAAGACCUCAAUUUUGAACAUGUACAUAAAAUGUGGAAACAUCUCCACUGCAAGAAUUUGUUUUGAUAGAAUGGUAUCCCCCAGAGACAUCGUCGCAUGGACAUCCAUGAUUGAGGGCUAUGGGACCCACGGACUAGGCUCCGAAGCAGUCCGCUUGUUCCACGACAUGUCAAAGGAAGGAACCAAGCCAAACGGUGUGACUUUUCUUAGCCUACUGUCUGCUUGCAGUCACUCUGGCCUUCUGGUUGAAGGUGUUGAAAUCUUCCACUCUAUGAAAACAAAGUUCGGAGUCGAACCAGAUUUGAACCAUUACACUUGCAUCGUUGAUCUACUGGGACGGGGGGGCAAGGUCAAAGAGGCCUUAACCAUGGUUAUGAAACUGGUGGUUUCACCAGACAGCAGGGUUUGGGGAGCUCUUCUUUCUGCUGCUUCCCGAACCGACAACUAUAAGAAAGUUGCAGAGUAUGCUUGUGAAAGGAUUGUGGGAUUGGAACCAGAUAACGCCGGAUACUACACUCUGUACAGCAAUGUUCAAGCAAGUUCUGAAAGAUGGGAUGAAGUUGAAUGCAUAAGAAGUUUUAUAAAACACAAGUUCUCAGUAAAGAAACCUGGAUGGAGCUGCAUAGAAGCUGGAGGUAUGCUUCAUGGUUUUAUUUCAGGUGAUAGAUCACAUCCCCAGAUUAGGGAAAUACAUCAAGUUUUGAUUUCUUUUAGUAGAAAAAUGGUUUAACUAACCAGUAGAAAUUUCUUUACUAGAAGAUAUUAGUGUUGGUUCCAAUGCUUUGCUUUUCAAAUCCGAGUGAAUAAUGAGUCUUUUUUACU